AUGAUACUUAUGGUAGACAAUCUCCAAGUGACUUUACCUUUGCUGGUGGUCUCGUUGAAACUUGUUAUUAUGCGGUGGAAACAAACAGCACUUUUAUCCAUCAUAAAAAUGAUGGCAGAAGAUUGGAUGGAAUUAAAGACAAGAAAAGAAAGGGAUGUAAUGAUGAGGCAAGCACAGGUUGCUAGAAUUAUUGUCAUCAGCGGAUAUAUUCUCAUGGUAUUGGCGUUCAUUGUGGUCAUCGUUCUUCCUUAUUUUGGUUUAUCGCUAAGACGUUUGACAAAUUUGACGGACCCGGGCAAGCCGCUGCCGCUGCAGACUUAUUAUUUUUAUGACAUAGAUAAGAGUCCGCAAUUUGAACUAACAUACAUUGUUCAAGCUAUUACAGUCUUCUUAGCCGCUGUAACUUACACUUCAAUAAUUACCGAAGGAAGUAAUUUUUCUUUCGCACGAUUAUGUUUUCCAUUAAUUGGUAUCACCAUUUUGCUUUCGCAUACUUUUCUUUAUUGCGGUGCCGGGGAGAUUAUAACAAUGCAAUGCGAGGAAGUAUAUCGUGCUCUGUGCGAUCUUGAAUGGUACAGAUUAGAACCACAAUAUGCAAGGAGUCUUAUCUUAUUAAUGAUACGAGCUAGCCAGCCUGUUCGCAUCACUGCAGGAAAAAUAUUUCCACUUACAAUGACCACAUUCUGCAGUUUAUUAAAAACAUCAGCUGGUUAUAUAUCAUUUCUAUUAGCAAACCAAAAAUGA